AUGGGGCCGAAGGCGGCGAAGCCGGCGGCCUUGCAUGCGUGGACGACGUCCCUACUCCCCUCUGGAUUACUGGUCACGAUCACCACCUCAGCCUCGAACCCCCUGGCUGCCUUCACGCUCAUCUCCGCCACGUUAGGCCGCGUCAUCACGGCCGUAUCAUGCACGAUAACUCUUCCGGCCUUUGAAGCUUCUGUUAUCCACCCCUUGAUCUCCGCUCCCACGCACACCUCUGCUGCGCUCGGCUGCAGAAGAAAUGACAAGAACACGCAAAUCCCCGACCCUGUCGCCACCAACAAAGCCCUACUGUACAUGUUUGUCAGGUACGGCAAGCCAGCAAAGUGCACUUGUCGGACCCAUAGGUGUGUCGGGGGGUUUGAAACCAAGGACUUGGUGAAGUCCCCCACCGCACCCGCAAGCAUCAUGUGCUCCUUCUUGCCGUCCGAGAUAAUCCCGAACGCGUGCCACUCGGAAAACGGUGACGGGCUUAUCCGCCCAAGAAUCCCGGACUUGACCCCACCCUCGAACUUGAUGAUGGAAGCAUGCCCCGACGGAGACGAGACUUGCACUUUAACUUUUCUCACUGUCAGCCAUGGCACGACGAUCAAUACGACGGUGAGUAAGACGAAGGCCCAUAGGAGGGCGAGGGCGGCCCAUCCCGCGAACCGGUGGGUCCGCUCGAACACAUUGUGGUGGAUGUGCCGGAGGAGCGGAAACGCCGCGAGUGCCGACAGCGCGAGGAGGCCGAGGAUCGCCGCCGCCACGCCAAAAGCCUCCGGUGGCGUUCCGGAGCCUUCUUUCGCAGCGAGGACGAGGGCGUAG